AUGCGUUCCACAUUCGCUGGUGUUGCGGCCUUCGCGGCCACCGCUGCUGCCCACUACAACUUUGAGGCCCUGAUCCACAACGACAAGGUCACCGAGCCCUACGAGUUCGUCCGCCAGACGACCAACUCCAACUCGCCCAUCACCGAUGUGACCUCGGACGACUUCAUCUGCAACCAGGGCGGCCUGGACGCCGACAUCAUGGCCAAGACCAAGACCCAGGCCGUUGCCGCCGGCGACUCUGUCGGCUUCACCAUCAACAGCAACCUCGGCCACCCGGGUCCCCUGUCCGUCUACAUGUCCAAGGCGACCGGUGAGGCGGCCGCCUACAAGGGCGACGGCGACUGGUUCAAGGUCUACGAGCUGACCACCUCGAGCAUCACCGCCGAGGGCCUGCAGUGGGCCACCUCUGUCGGCGGCGGCAUCAGCAACUUCACCUUCACCCUGCCCGAGGACAUGCCCGCCGGCGACUACCUGAUGCGCGGCGAGCACAUCGCCCUGCACGGCGCCCAGGAGAAGGGCGGCGCCCAGUUCUACAUCGGCUGCGCCCAGCUGACCGUCUCCGGGUCCGGCGCCGGCUCCCCAAGCCCCGCCGUCAAGAUCCCCGGCGUCUACGACGGCACCGAGGACGGCAUCGUCAUCAACCUGUACUACCCGGCCCCUACCAGCUACACCGCCCCCGGCCCCGCCACCUGGCCCAACGCCUGCAUCGACCACACCGCCAACUACGCCGACCAGACCUCGGACGGUGACUGCACCAACGACGACGGUGCCGGUGCCUCCUCCGGCUCCGGCUCCGGCUCCUCUGGCUCGGCCACCGGUGCCCCUGCCGCCACUGGCGCGCCCGCUGCCACCGCCACCGGUGCUGGCCAGUCCUCUGCCCGCCCCACUGCCACCGGCGCCGCUGGUGUGUCUGGCAACGCCGCCGCUGCCCAGCCCACCGAGGCCGCCGACGAGUCCAGCUGCUCCAAGAAGCGCUCCACCAAGAAGCGCGGCCUGAAGCUGAUGGCUUAA